UGUUCAGAAAGGCAAUUUUUAAAAGCAGAACAACUUAGCAGUGUGUGAGACUUUUUUUUUCAAUCCACCAGCACGGCAAAGGGAAAUUAUCGCGAGAUCUAGGAAGGAAUUUGCGCUCUGCAGUAAGAUGGCAACACAGGAGGCUGUGUUUCCUCAAAAACUCGGUCACAAAAAAUACCGAGCUGCCCUAAGGAAGGAGAAACGCAAAAAACGUCGGCAGAAAAUGGCUCGGUUGAGAGACCUUGCAGCCCCAGUGGAGGACGACGAUAAUGUUUCAGCUAACGACCAACUUACGGAAAGAUUAUUGGAGGCAGAGCGACAAAAAUUACAUGAAGAGUGGCUGCUGAGGGAGGAGAAAGCACAAGAAGAAUUCAGAAUAAAGAAGAAAAAGGAGGAAGCCGCUAGAAAACAGAGGGAAGAACAGGAGAGACAGAUAAAGUUGGAAUGGGAAGAGCAACAGAAAAAACAGCGAGAAGAGGAGGAGCAGAAGCUCCGAGAGAAGAGAGGAAGAGAGGAAGCGUUGCAGAAAAUGCUGGACCAGGCUGAAAAUGAUGGCACUUGGCAGAACCCGGAACCACCCAAAGAAUUAAGACUGGAGAAAUAUCAAGCCAGCUGUCCCUUCUACAGUAAAACGGGGGCGUGCCGGUUUGGUAACAGGUGCUCUCGGAAGCACGACUUUCCCACGUCCAGCCCCACGCUUCUCGUGAAGAGUAUGUUUACAACAUUUGGAAUGGAGCAGUGCAGAAGGGACGACUAUGACUCUGACGCAAGCCUGGAAUACAGUGAGGAGGAGACCUACCAGCAGUUUCUCGACUUCUACCAUGAUGUGCUGCCCGAAUUCAAGAACGUGGGAAACGUGAUUCAGUUCAAAGUGAGCUGCAACUUAGAGCCUCAUCUGCGAGGUAAUGUGUAUGUUCAGUACCAGUCGGAAGAAGAAUGCCAAGCGGCCCUCACUGUCUUUAAUGGAAGAUGGUAUGCAGGGAGACAGCUCCAGUGCGAGUUCUGCCCAGUGACCCGGUGGAAAAUCGCAAUUUGUGGUUUAUAUGAAAUGCAGAAGUGUCCAAAAGGAAAGCACUGCAACUUUCUUCAUGUGUUCAGAAAUCCCAACAAUGAAUUUAGAGACGUCUACCUGUCUCCAGCUUGGACUGGCCUCUCUGGUAAAAACUCAGACAGGAGGGAAAGGACGGACCACCAUGAAUACCGUUACGGCAAGUCAAGGACCUCCCACUGCAGUCCACGCCACUCCUCCAGGAGAAACAGGGAGUCAGAGAGGAAGAGCCCUCACAGGCGGAAGAGGUCUCACAAACAGGAAACAAAGGGUCGCGACAGGCAUAGCUCGAGAAGAGGAAGAGAAGAGGACAGCAGUCCAGGUCCACAAAGCCAGAGCCACAGGUCCUGAGCCAGACUGAGACAGCAUCACCUGGGCCCAAAACUCCUCUACAGAAUAAAAACCUAACCCAUCAUCCUUCAGACACCCCAAGAUAUUCAGAACAAAACUGACCGCAAAGGAAAGGCAUGGUGACUCAAUCUAAUUACCAACCAAGUUACAAAGUCUUGUGGCUUUGACAGAGACAGAACCAGGUAUUAUUUCUUAGACUUCUGAUGUUAUAAUUUUUAGUUUCAUGUUAUUGAUGUCAUUUUUCCAUACAGUUUAAACCAUAUGUUGAGUUUUCUUGUGAUAACCAAUACAUUAAACUGUGAUGUUU